GAAGCAUAGGAAGAGAUGCAGAAAUGCAAACCCAUGGGUCCCAUGCCUACCUUAUAGCAGUACUAUGCCAGUGUGUUUUGGAAAUAUGUGUGUGUGUUUAUGUGUCUGUAUGUGUGUGUCUGUUUAUGUGUAUUUGCGCGUGUGUUGCUACGAGGGCAAGGAUAUAGCAAGAAUGUGAGACUGCUAGUACGAAGGGGGGGGAUAAAGGGAUGCGGCAAUCAACAGGUACGGUUGCGGUUUUCAUUUUGAAUUAAGGACACCUAUCCCCCUGCCCCCAAGGAUCAACGCAUAUGUUGAAUUAAUUGAUGGUGGGACGGUUCUUUUCUUAUUGUUUGUAUGUAUUUUCCUUUAUCUUUUUGUUUGUUUGUCUUGUGUAUCAUGUAAGAGAACUAGCCUGCUCAAUUAUUAUGUAACUCCCUCUCUCUUUCACCUUAUUCCCUUCGUUUGCUCUAUAGUCUCUCCCUUUCUCUCUCUCUCUCUCUACCUUCCCAAUCUGGUGCGUGUAACGCGUCUCCUAUGUACUGGCGGUGCGCGUGUACAGACACAUGUGUGUAGUUUUCUGCGCGACCGUCUGCGCGAUAAGUUUCAGUAACAAGCAACAAAAACAACAGGAAUAAGACAGAGGCGCACUACUCCGAAACUCCGAAAACUCCGAGACAGUGAGGCAAUGUAAAUAGUAUCGUGUGAUAGCUAGUUGAAGUGACAUAAUCCCCACCACCCGGCACCGUACCAAGCAAUUACCGAAGGUCAGAAGGAGGUCGGACCUCCUCGUCAGGGCAAUGCAAUGGAUUUCAUCGCGCAAAUCAUAGCCAAUUCAUACCUCUAAAAUAAUAACCCACCACACUACCAUUCACCACCAGCACUACCACCACCACCACCACCAUCACCCAGCAGAUUCCCUAUUUUCUAUAAAGUUCUACGACGGUCGCUGUAAGCAGCCAGGCAUCAUCAGGCUGCUGGGUGGCGCUCUUAGUCGAUAUACGUUUGCAUAGGUUUUUGGGGUGCGGAAGGUUAUAAGCAAGCUAUGUCCGGGAUACACGACAACAGAAGUCGAAACGGAACAACAAAAUCUAGCCGAGUACAAGAGGAUGGGGUGUGGGUGCGGGUGCGAGGGAGCGAAGCUGGCCGUUGUUGAUUUGUAAGGACGCAACGAUAAAGGUUGGAUUUGGUUGGAGAAGCAGAAGCCGAAGCAGAAGGGCUUAGGGGUUAGGUUAGGGGGUGUAACCGGGGAUCCUCCAGCGACGGUCACUUGUUUAGGUGGGGCAACGGCAAGGCAAAUAAUCGAUCCAACCACUCCGGCCCGGACCGAGAUGUGGACCGCGACCCACCCACCCCUUCUCCCUUCCCCUACCCCAACACGGUUUUCCACCACCUCCCUUAAACCGUGUUCGGUUUUUUUGUUUGUUUCCACUCCGGAUAAGAUAAAUAUACACGAAUUCUCUACCUAACCAUUCUCA